AUGGAAUAUGAUGAUCCGCGGGAUUCAAAGAAGUUAGACGAGCACGAGGUCUUGACAGAAGACUCCGAUAAUGAGUUGGCCGAUUUGGAAAAAGAGUUUGCGGCAAGGAAGCAAAAGCUUCUCGAAGAGAGAGCGAGGGCUCGAGAAAGGAAGAGAUCCCAAGUUCAGAUAGAAAGAUCACCAUCACCACCUCCUCGAAAAUCCGCAGAUGAAGCUGCUAAGUACAGUGUUCGUGAGUUGCCUGAUAGGUUAGAUCAAGAGAGGCGUGUACUGAAAAGCACACUUGGGGCACUUCGUAAAGCCAGCCUGAGACCGAAAGAGUCUUCUUUUGCGUCUCAGCUCUACGAAACCAAAACGAAACAGAACUCUGUUAACUUAAAUGAACGUGUCUUUGAGUUUGAAAAUGUCCCUAAGCCUAAAGUGAUACUUACAACCGAUGAAAAUAGUAAAGAUCUUGUUUCUGGCGAGCUACUUAGCCGCAGAUACAUUCCAGAGCAAGAUGUAAAGAGUUUGAUGAAGCUGUUUAAAGUGCUUCGAGUGGCGAAGCUUUUGGCAAAAGUGAUCGCUCCAAAGUUUGAAGAACCAGAGUAUGCCAAUUGGUGUUUCACGGGAAUCAUCAUGCACAAAAGUGAGCCUAAAGUGGCAGUAAACAACAAGAAAUAUCUUUCACUUCGCGUGGGAAGUUUCUCGCAUACGGUAGACGUUAUGCUUUUUGGAGAGGCCUUCCAGAAAUACUGGAAGGUGAGAUUAGGUGAUGUCAUUGUGAUCCUAAACCCUCCUAUUCGCAGGUACAAUGGAAGCUUCAAUUUGGCAUUAACGAGUGACCUAGAUAAUCUUGUCGAGAUCGGAUCACUGAAGAGCUAUGGCCAUUGCUCAGCAACCACUAAGCUGGGAGAACCUUGCAAACACAUUGUGGAUACACUGAAAAACACACUCUGCACUUACCAUGAAGAAAGCAAGUAUAAUCACGGAUCUCGAAUGGAGCUUCAAGGUAGUAUAAAGCCAAAGGCGCCCCAAAAUCGAUUUGGUGAAAAAAGCCAAAUGUUUUUCAACGGCUCAACUAACCAGCCCAUGUUUGUUCUGUAUGAAAGCACUGGUUUUCACCAAAGAGAUGUUGUUUUCAGCGGAGGACAACAAUUUGAUCAAAAUAAGUACGACCGCCCUGUUGUGGAGAGCAAGAUAUCCAAGUUACGGAAAAAGAAGGCAAAUGAUGACUUGGAAAAACGGCUACUCAGCAGUGUCGCCCCUCGAGGUAUUGAGAAUUUACAGAAGCUAGGUAUUGUCCAUCUGGCAAAAGACCACUCGAGUGCAACUGAAAAAGUGCGCAAACAGGCAUUUACGGGCACUUUUGUAAAGGACAUGGGUUUCGAUCCCACAGCGCAGGCCAAGGAUACCAACAAUUACAGAGCAAAGAAACACCUGGUAUCUGUACAAGAGCUUCGGAACCUAAGCAAAGGGAAAAAGGUGAGCUUGAAGCCUUCAAAAGAGGCAGAGCGUGAGAAGCAGUUGAAAUGGAAGGAAAACGUGUCGUUUAUUUCCAAAGGAAACCAAAGAGAAAAGAAUGUGCUGUCAGCCUUGCUGCCGAAGGCCAAGAAAACACCGACUAUCGAACUUCUGGACAGCGACAGUGACCUUGAAAUCGAGUAUUCUCUGUGA